GAGGAGGCAGCAGCAGCAGAAGAAGAAGGAGCGCGGGAAGGAGGAGCUCCAGACGCUCCGCCCAGCGGGAGGAGCGUCACGCCGACGCCGCUCUUCGCUGCUCACCGCCCGGCUGUUGUUGUGAAGAUGUCCACGAUACAAACGCUGAGAGCUUUCGUGAACCAGCGGCUGGCCGCGGCCGUGGAGGAGAUCUUCGGGCUGCUGGAGACAACCAUCUCAAAGUACGAAGAAGAGAUUGAACGUCAGCGCGGGCUGCUGAAGGACGCUGACGGCCACACACACACAGCAGAUGUACAAAAACUGAUAGUGAGAAAAGAGGACCAGCAAGAGUGGAGGAACAGUCUGUACCCAGAGGACAUUAAAGAGGAACAGGAGGAACUGUGGAGCAAUCAGCAGGGAGAGCAGCUUCAAGUACUGGAGGAGGAUGAUAUCACCAAGUUUCCAUUCACCGCUGUCUCUGUGAAGAUUGAAGACGACAAUGAAGAUAAAACUCAGUCCUUCCAGCUUCAUCAAAGACAAAGUGAGGAGAGCAUAGAGGCAGAGCCUCCAUCCAGCAGCUCAGCUCAGCACAUGGAGACAGAGACCGACAGCACUCAUCAGCUGCAGUCUUUGUACUGUUGUGAAUCAGAGACUGAGGAUAGUAAUGACGAGUGGAAGGACACCAGAGAACAGGAGAAAAAUGAGAAUGCUCUAAAUCAUAGUAAAUCCCACACCCGUGAGAGGCCGUUUAGUUGCACAGUUUGUGAUAAGAAAUUUGGUUGCAAAGGAAAUUUGCACGCCCACAUGAGAAGCCAUACCGGGGAGAAGCCUUUCACCUGCACAGUGUGUAACAAAAGCUUCAGCGCAAAGGUCAAUCUGAAGACUCAUAUGAGAAGUCAUACCGGGGAGAAACCGUUCAGCUGCUCAGUGUGUAACAAAAGUUUUAGUCAGAAGAAGACGUUAGUCAUACACUUGAGAAGUCAUACAGGUGAAAGGCCGUUUAGCUGCUCAUUCUGUGGGAAACGCUUUAGUGAGAAGGGAACUUUGAAGAGACACAUCAGAGUGCAUACAGGAGAGAAACCAUACAGUUGCAGUGUUUGUGGACGGAAUUUUAGUUUGCUGUCACAUGUGAAAAGCCACAAGUGUGCUGGUAUAAGCAGUAACAAGAACAUGUCGAGGGCGGCCGUGCUGAGGGUGGCGGUGACGGACUGUCUGUCGGCGGCUGCUGAACACAUCUGUGCGCUGCUGGAGAGAACCGUGGCGGAGUACGAACAACAGCUGUGUGGUCUGAAGCGGGACAACGAGCGGCAGCGCAGACUGCUGGACGCGGUUCUGAAGCCCGAGGUCCGCUUACACAGAACAGAACUGUGUGAUGUUCAGCAGGAGCCAGAGCCCGCACUCAUUAAAGAAGAACUGGAGCAACCGUGGAGCAGUCAGGAGAGAGAGCACCUCCAUGGACCUGUCCCUUUGAAGGAUGAGGAAGAUGAAGAAGCUGGCAGCUCAGCUCAACACAUGGAGACAGAGUGUAAUGGAGAGAACAGUGGAGGAUCAGGACCAACCAGGAGCCUUGAUCCAGAUAGUCAUCAACCAGCUAAUGAUGAUGAGACUCUGGAUUCUUCUAAACAAGCUGAUUGGAAACAGAGCAGGGAGCCUCAGCCAGAUUUAACCACUGUGAUACUAAAGCAGCAGCAGACCCAGACAUGGCAUGGCAUGUCUGCCAGUCAACUAGCUGGUGAUGACAGGACGUCAGACUUCUCUGAGGCUGAGGCUGAAAACAGUUAUGACUGGAAGGAGACGAGGAAACCUGACAAUGGUGUUUCUGAUAGAGAUGGAGAAUGUAACGCUGCCACCAAGUCUCCUACCUGCUCUGAAUGUGGUAAAACACUGAACACAAAUGAAUGUGUGAACGGUCGAGACAAACCAUUUGCCUGCUCAGUUUGUGUUGAGAGGUCCACACUGAGAGCUCAGCUAGUCCCACUGAGGAGAACGCAGUCAGGAACAACAAGCUUCAUAUGUCCAAUCUGUAAGAAACGUUUUAGCUACAAAGGAGACGCAGUGAAGCACAUCAGGAUUCACACAGGGGAGAAACCCUACAGUUGUUCCAUUUGUGGUAGAAGAUUCACACAGAGCACAUGUUUGGGCACACACAUGAGAACCCACACAGGAGAGAAGCCACAUGGCUGCUCCGUCUGUCCUAGACGCUUCAUCCGGAGCGGAAUGCUGGCCAGGCACAUGCGAGUUCAUACAGGAGAGAAGCCUUACAGCUGCUCAGUGUGUAACAUGAGCUUCUCUCUGAGUCAGUCACUGUUGAAACACAUGAGGCUCCACACCGGAGAGAAACCAUUCAGCUGCUCCAUUUGUGAUAAAAGAUUUACACAAAAAGGACAUCUGACACAGCACAUGACGCUCCACACGGGCGAGAAGUCCUUCAGCUGCAAUGUUUGUGGCAAAAAAUUUACCAGACAGGCGCGUGUGAAAAAACACAAGUGUGUCAGUGAAAGCAGCAGCAGUAAAUGAAACUGCAGAAAUGUUUGAUUCCUUCCUGUUUGUGCCAGAUGGAUGAAGUGAUGCAGGACAAUGCUUGGCCACCCAUUACCAAUAAACAGUUGCAGACAUCAGCAAACAGCGUGAUGUGACUGAGAGCUGGAGAGGACCAGCAGCAGUGACAAACAAAGGCAGAUGAAAUGAUCUGCAAUGCUUUUAUAUUUUUUAAUAUUAUUAUUAUUAGGGAUGCACCGAAAUGAACAUUUUUGGCCGAAACCGAAUAAAAAUUAAAUGGUUGGCCGAAUACCGAAACCGAAUAUGAAAUUUUU